AUGCACAAGGCUGCCAAGGCCGCCGUCCGCUUCCUCGCGGCGCCCGAAAACGCCAAGGCGAAGUGGCUGCAAAGCCUGUACGAGACGACCUCCGAGCCGGAGGGCUUCUUGCCCCUGCAGGACCAGAAGGUGGAAGCCGUGCUUCUGGCUGUGUUACAGGACACGGGUAUUCAGAGGCCUCGGGAAACCUUCCUGGUGUGCGAGCUCCUGGCGCGCGGCUUCCGCAGUGGUGGCGCGCCCAGCCCGCGGCGAGCUGCAGAAAGUCAGGCAGAAAAGCCUCUAGAUCUUCUGAGCACGACAGCUGCAUGUCGAGCCAGCGAGGUGCGAGCGCUGCUCAAGCUGCUGCAGCCUACCGGGCCAGAAGACGCGGCAGGUGAUAGCAAGGGGGCAGAGGAGUCUGCAGAUGUCGGCGUCGGCAGGAUAAGCCCGGCAGAAGUGCGCAUUUCGGCCCGGAAGGCGCUGCUUACCCUGGCCUGCGCCCACCGGGGUGCCUUCAGCGCAACCCUGCUCGAGUUCCUCCAAGAUCCAGGAGCGAUCCCUGAGCUUUUGGCGGUGGGGACGGCGGCGGGGGAGGAGGGUCAGCGUCUGGUGGUCGAGCUGUUGGUGAGAGGCUUUGACAGUCCCGUGGUGCAGUGCUUUGCCGACUCUGCCUUGGCGGGGGACAGGAAACGCUUGCUCAACCAACUCUUCAUGUCCCGUGAUGCCUUCGUUCGGGUCACUGUGGGCAUCCUUCUGGCAGCUCUGCUUUGUCACGAAGGUUAUGGAGAGGCUGCUCAAGCAGAAGCCGGCAUAGCGGCUGUCAGCGAGGAGUUAGAGACCCUGAGCCCGGCGCAGCCGCUUGAGUCUGAGUUGGCCGAUCUUCAACGAGUGCUGGCCGAGGAAGACUGCUGGCUUUGGCUUUGCCGCCUCGCCGCCGUGCGUCGCUGGCCAGCUGCCAGCAACUUUGCCCUCCUCGUCAUGCUGCGGCUCGUGCAACCGAGCCCCGAGAAGCUGACGGAGACAGCAGGAAAGUUCAAGCCGCAUUUCGCACAGCACGUACAGGAUGGCGCUGACUUGGAUAGCCUGGCGCUGCUGGCCCAGCGCCCUCUGCCAAAGGCGAGCAAGUCUCAGACGACUCGGAAAGCUGGAAAGCAAGGGAUUAAGAUUCCUCCAAACGUUCUCUUCAACUACAAGUUCAACGUGCUCAAGGCCACGAAACAGCAGCUGCAGGAGAACCCCUUGCUCGGCGUCAUGCAGCUGAAUGUCAAGCAUACAGUUGGGCUGUUUGGAAGCAACGUGUCUCAUGUGCAUUUCUGGGAUGACGACCAGUGCAUCAGUGAGCUCAAGCAGCUGAAGCAGUUCGGUGGUGAGGAACUCGCCGAGGGCUUCCAGAGCCUGAGACAUGGCAAGUACAAGUCGGACCUCUGUCGCCUUGCCCAACUCUGGAAGUACGGGGGGUAUUACUUCGACACGGACAUCCUGCCAGUCAAGUCCAUGCGCGACUACCUGGACCCCGACACAACCUUUGCCUCUGUCCGUGGCAUGUACAGCAAAGAGAUUUUUCAGGCCUUCUUGGCUGCGACGCCAAAGAACAAGCUGAUCGGUGAAAACUUGAAAAGUUUCGGCAAGUGGCUGAAGGAAAGGCCACGUUCGCAAGAGCCAGCCAACAUAGGUCCGAAGCUCAUGUGGAAGAGCAUGAGAAAGACCGGGGGCAGGUUCAAGAAAGCGCCCGAGUUCGUGACCGGCUCCGAGAAAAUCCAACUGUUCCAGGAGCACCGGAUCGCGUACUGGAGAUCCGGGAAAGAACCGAUUGAAGGCCUGCUGACUGGUCAUUCGAAGUGGGGCGACUGUAACAUCGCUGUCGUGGAUCAAGACACGGACGAGGUCGUCAUGUACCCACGAGUGAUCUCACACAACGACGACACGUGCUCGGAGCAGAAGAAGCUGAUCGUCCAGCAUUUUCUGGUGGAGUCCUAA